GUUACAUCUUCCACAAUACAAUAACUUAACAUUCCUUAAUGGAAAAAAUCCAAUUUCUUUAGCUUUAUAUACAAAUGUAUAAUUUGACGAAUAAAGGCCACAGCAGUGUCUACGUUUUCUUGAAAUAUACUGGAGUAAAGCUACCAAAUGGGGUUACGUCAUCAGAGUGCGCACUGUUUUCAGGGAGGAGGUGGCAGAUGCUUCCUCGAAACAGCAGACAACUGUUGUCUAGUUACGACCUUCUUUCCCUCUCAUACUGCUGACAGGCAGCUGUUGGGAUGCCAAAGAAGUUCCAGGGUGAGAACUCCAAGGCAGUCACAGCCAGAGCCCGCAAGGCUGAGGCCAAGGCAGUGGCAGAUGCUCGCAAGAAGCAGGAGGAAGAGGACGCUCUGUGGCAGGAAACUGACAAACAUGCACUCAAAAAAGAGAAGAGAAAGGAUGACAAGGAGAAGAAGAGGCUGGAACUCCUGGAGAGGAAAAAGGAAAACCAGCGACUUCUGGAUGAGGAGAAUGCCAGACUGAAAGGCAAAUCCCAGAGGGAGGCUGGAUUUGCAGGAAAACUGACUCGUGCCCAGAUCGAGGAGGCAUUACAGAAUGAGCAGCUGCAGCAACAGCAGCUCACACCGACAGAAAAGAGCCAUUUGGAGACUCCACUGGAGGAGAACGUGAACAGAAUUAUUCCUGAUGAAGGAACUGUGGAAGCCAGAACAAUAGAAGAUGCCAUUGCUGUGCUCAGCAUGGGGCCUGAGGACCUUCUAUUCUCCUGUUACUUUUAUGAAAUAAGAAAUUCAGUAUGGUUCAACUCAACACAGCUGAAGCAACAGUUGAAGAAGGAGUGGAUGAAGGCACCAGAGAACCCCCUGAACCAAUGCUUUGUCACCUACAACUCAAAGUGAAUGCACUCUUUCUCUCCAUAACUUCAUUUUAAAACUGUCUGCCAGUGCACAUUGGUAAUUUCCUCUAAAAAUUAGUGUUGCUGAGAGACCUUCACCACUACCUGCCCAGAAAAACACUCUCCAGUGCCAGAGGACUCUACUUCAUUGUUCUGCUCACUAGCACGGAAAUGUUCAUUUUCCCUUAUCAAGAUCACAACUAAUCAUCAUGUCUGUGUACUUGAGGCAUCUCAGCUUCUAAUAAGCUUAAUAUAAGUUUAAUAAAUUUUUUUUCUAGCACACAUGGGAAGUGGGAAGCCAGAUGUUUUGAGAGUAACUUAUUAAAGUUCACCGGUCAGUCUGUUUAAAUGCAAAACGUCUCCCUUCUUGCUAGAAGGCACCUGAAUGAAGUAAUUCACUGCAGUCACAUAUGUUUGUGAGCUGCUGCUAUUGUGUGAUUCUUAUUCAGAAAUGAAGAUGGCGUUACAGAGAUCAAAAGUUACUUUCAUUCGUGGAGAAAGUUGAUUAUAGUUUUGGGUCCAGGAAAGACAGAACUCAUCAGACACCAGCAGAGUCAUGGUAAAUUUAAAUAGCUGUUGUCAGAAGUUUGGUGUAGCUGCUUUUACCAAGCAAAGAACCAGUCAUUGUCUGACAAGACAAAGAGAAUGAAUCUGCUGCUUUUAUAGGCUGACAUGCACUCUGAAAUGUUUUUAUUGGUACAGAAAACCAAUGUGAAGAUGAUAAUAUGAAGUUUUUCCACUUCAACAAAAACAUCCAGAUGUUUUUCCUAAAAAAAAAAACAUCCCUGUCUCUUCAAACAGUAGCUAGCUGUCCUCCCUUAUCUACCACACCAGACCCUUUGGCCCUUUAGUCACCUCUGAUGUCAUCCUAUUCUCUCUCUCAAAGUUGAUGGUGAAAUCGAAGUGGAUGGUAAAUUCUAAAAAUUGAAGACUCAGAUUAUGAUCCAAACUGUCAGUGUGCCGUUGCUACAGUGGAUAUAAAAAGUCUACACACCCCUGUUAAAAUGCC